CAAAUGGCGCCAUUUGUCUUUAUGAUUCGUAUUGUUGUAUACUUUUUACUUUUUAUCACUAAAUAGUAAAUACAACAAUCGUCGAAAUUAAUAACUGUCAAAAUGAGUGUGGACGUCGACACAUUGGAAAAACAAUUUAUAGAUUUAGUUGGCGAGUUUCAACUGUUAUAUAUAUCAGAAUCUCGCUUAAAAGAAGCUGUUCGCACUGAAGCCACGCGAGCUGAAGCGGCGGAAGCAGCUCGCGAUGACGCAGUAAAAACAGCUGAAGAUCACCGAGCAGCUACAGCCGGUGCUACUGCUGGGGCCAAGGAAGCUGCUAGAGCUCUUUCUGAUGUACAAAAUGACCUUACUAAUACGAAAAUUCAGUUGGACUUAGCUGAACGCCAACGGUCGCUCUUCGAAGAAAAAUGUUCAGAAUUGAGCGAACACAUAGCCGUACUUGAGAAGGAAGUGCAAGAAUUUAAACAUCUUAAAACGAUGUAUACAGAAUUACAGAAACAGUUCAUUGAAUUGCAGGAGCGUGUUCAAUCUGCAACAGAUAGUGCUCGAAGUGAAGCAACGCGCUUAGAAAAUGAACUUCGCCAUGUCGAGAAAUGCGCUAGCGCAGGGACGGAGCUUCGUGAGCGAGCAAGAUUAGCGGCCGCCGCUCACGCCCGGGAAAGGCGAUUAGCAGCUGAUGAAUUGCUCGAUACUACACGGGAACUACAAAGUGCUAAAGGUGAAGUGACGCGCCUGAAGUUGCUUGUAACUGAUCUUGAAAGCAAAGUUCAAGAUUUACAAGAAAAAUCUACAAAGACUUUAGAGUUUUCCGAUCAAGAUAUAUUACUGGAGACUAAAGCUGCUUUAGAAGCAGAAAGGAACACAACAACACGUUUAGAGAAAGCUUUAGCUACAGCGACAGCUGAUAACGCGGUUUUGGCCGCAGAAGUACAUCGUCAAGAUAAUAUUGGAGUUUCACCUAAAAUUAUAGAGGAAACGGAAAAAACUUCAACAAAUAUAUGCCCGAUUGAUUCGUUUCUUGCUGAUUAAUGAUAUAAAUUAGUGUUAAAAAAGUUUAUAAAUUAAAUAUAAAUUUAAAAUGUCUAAUAUAUGGGAUUCAUAAAGACAAUAGAGUAAAUGAAUAUUGUUUAAAUGUAAACAUUUUUGCCUGAUUAAAAAGCCUUAUAUAUAUUAUUAUCAGGCAUGUUCUAAUUUUUAUAGCGUUUUAUGUAGCUUGUGCGGUAAUUAAAUACUGUUUAAUACUUACAUUCUUGAAAUAUAACUAUACCAGUUAUUGUACCAUUCAAUAAGUAUUCAAUUAUUAUCAUAAAGUAAAUGUAAAGAAAUCAACAUAGUAAAAUAUUCGAAAGUACUAUAUAAAAGUUAACAAAAUUGUGCAAACUUAAAAUGUGGUAAGAUCAUACCUAGUGCACAAACAGGUUUCCAAAUUUGGAAUCUCAAGUUUUAAAGGUCAUCCUAACUUGUGCACAAAGUCAUCAAGAAUUAUCAUUAGUUCUUGCAUAAUAUUCACACUUUAUAAACGAUUUUGUACGCACUUCAAACUGGACCAAGUAGAGCUUAAUAAACCUGUAGGUCUUGGCCUCCGAUUUCUGUAUCUGUGUCGUCAUUUAUUUAAUUACUGCCUUCUGUGCUUAUUAUGAGAAGCACCUAAAUAAUUUUAAUUAUUUAUAUCGAAAUUUUACGAAAUCGAUUUGGCUUAAAAACGAAAGAAAUGCUACAUAAUUGAAAUACAAAGAUACACAUUUUUGACGCCAAAUAAAUAGUAACCUAUCUACAAAAAUGAAACCUACUGGCCUACUGUAUGAUAGAAUGCAUAAUUAUUAAGUUAUGGUUUUAUGUUUUGCGAAAUAAUCUCCAAGAAG